GAGACUGGGGCGGCCUGGCGCUGUGACUUGAGGUCUCCGACUCGGCGGCUGCAUAUUCGCGACGGUGGUGCGACGUUCAGGUGUCCUGCGCGGGUCCGGCCAUGCCGACUCGGGCGGAGGACUAUGAGGUGCUGUACACCAUUGGCACGGGCUCCUACGGCCGCUGCCAGAAGAUCCGGAGGAAGAGUGACGGCAAGAUCUUAGUUUGGAAGGAACUGGACUAUGGCUCCAUGACAGAAGCUGAGAAACACAUGCUUGUUUCUGAAGUGAAUUUACUUCGUGAGCUGAAGCAUCCAAAUAUCGUCCGAUACUAUGAUAGAAUUAUUGACCGUACCAACACAACACUGUACAUUGUAAUGGAAUAUUGUGAAGGAGGGGACCUGGCUAGUGCAAUUACAAAGGGGACCAAGGAAAGACAAUACUUGGAUGAAGAGUUUGUUCUUCGAGUGAUGACUCAGUUGACUCUGGCCCUGAAGGAAUGUCACAGACGAAGUGAUGGUGGUCAUACUGUGCUGCAUCGGGAUCUGAAACCAGCCAAUGUUUUCCUGGAUGGCAAGCAAAACGUUAAGCUUGGAGACUUUGGGUUAGCUAGGAUAUUAAACCAUGAUACGAGUUUUGCAAAAACAUUUGUUGGCACACCUUAUUAUAUGUCUCCUGAACAAAUGAAUCACAUGUCCUACAAUGAGAAGUCAGAUAUCUGGUCACUAGGUUGUUUGCUGUAUGAAUUGUGUGCAUUAAUGCCUCCAUUUACAGCUUUCAACCAGAAAGAACUAGCUGGGAAGAUCAGAGAAGGCAAAUUCAGGCGAAUUCCAUAUCGUUACUCUGAUGAAUUAAAUGACAUUAUUACAAGGAUGUUAAAUUUAAAGGAUUACCAUCGACCUUCUGUUGAAGAAAUUCUUGAGAAUCCUUUGAUAGCAGACUUGGUUGCAGAAGAGCAAAGGAGAAAUUCUGAGAUAAGAGGGCAGCGAUUAGGAGAACCAGGAAAGUUGCAGGACUCCAGCCCUGUAUUGAGUGAGCUGAAACUGAAGGAAAUACAGUUACAGGAGCGGGAGCGAGCUCUCAGAGCAAGGGAAGAAAACCUGGAGCAGAAGGAACGUGAGCUUUGUGUUCGUGAGAGACUGGCAGAGAACAAGCUGGCCAGAGCAGAAAGUCUGUUGAGGAAUUACAGCCUGCUGAAGGACCAGAAGUUCCUGUCUCUGGCGGGUGGUCCAGUGAAAAUCCUAGCAUUUUACUAUUACCACACGACCAACUCAUAUUUGCCACAUCCUUCAUAGAAAGUAUGGCUUAAAAGGUGUGAUAAACCAACUGUAGAAUAGGCCAUCACUUUUGGAUCUUUGCUAAGACCCGUUCCAAUUGAAACAUGUGUAUGUCAAAGCGUGAUUGCUUAAUAUCUGCAUAUGCUCUGUAAUAAGUGAUGGAAACAAAUGAAACCAGUGAUGGAAGUAAA